UCCCCCCCCGGGGGACGGCGGCCGCCCGACCCCCGGCGAUACCUUGCUGAUAAGGAAGUUGUCCCCGCAGGGGCAGGGGUACGAGUAGGUCUCCGUCUCUUCGUCGUACUCGAAGUCCUCGAUCUCCACCUCGUCGUGGAAGACCGCCAUGGCCGGCGGGCCCCGCUUCCGCUCCCCGGCCCCGGAAGUUCACGGAGGGCGUUGCCGUGGAGACCGAGGCGGAGCCCCGCCCUUUGCCCGGCGGCCGCGGGGAGGCGCUGUCGGCGGCCCGGGGAGCGCACGUGCGGACGCGGGGCUCGGGCCAGGGACCCGCCGAGCGGACGACUUUUGCUGACAAGUGCCAUGGCCCACGCUGCUCUUUUUGGGGCUGUUGGGUCUCUUAACCUCCUGAGAGGCUCUGCCGGAUGCCUCGUUAGCCUCAUCAUCCCGGCUGCUGCGUCAUCGACACCCCGGAGGCCAUCAGCUGGGAACUACUGCACGGUGACACGCACAAUGAAAUCUGGAAGGAAAACUGAUCACAUGGAGAGAACGGCCAACGUAAUUCGACAGGAGGUUGUUUCUCCAGCCAGAGUAUGUGGGACUUCCAAUGAGUCCACUAAAGUUAAAAGGCUUCGGUUGCUUGUGGCCAAUAAGGAUUUUACUUUUAAAGCUGGCCAGUGGGUCGAUUUUUUUAUUCCUGGAGUCUCCAAAGUUGGCGGGUUCUCAAUUUGUUCAAGCCCCAGCUUGCUGGAACAAGAAAGGAUAGUAGAAUUGGCAGUGAAAUAUACUGACCAUCCUCCCGCUCAAUGGGUUCACACCCAGUGUACCCUUGACUCUGAAGUGGCUUUGAGAGUGGGUGGAGAGUUCUUCUUUGAUCCUCAACCGGCGGACUCCCCCGUAAACCUCAUAUUGAUAGCUGGGGGCGUAGGGGUGAACCCUCUGCUUUCCAUCCUGCUGCAUGUAGCUGAUCUCCAUAGACACCGAGAGUGCAAAGGAAGUGGGUAUGAGAUGGGGUCGGUGAAGCUGUACUACAGUGCUAAAGACACGAAUGAGCUGCUAUUUAAGAAAAAUAUCCUCAAUUUGACAAAUGAAUUUCCUGGGAAGAUUGCAUGCAGUCUCCAUGUCACACAGCAGUCUGCUCAAAUUAGUGAAGACCUCCAACCAUACAUCACCCGGGGAAGGAUAUCUGCAAAGGACAUAGGCAAGCACGUGGCUGAAGACACUAGGUUUUACAUCUGCGGCCCCCCACCGAUGAUAGAACAUUUCUCCAAGCAAUUAGAAAACCGUCACGUCCCCAAGGAACACAUUCACUUUGAGAAAUGGUGGUAGCGGCAGCGGGUUCGAAGAAGAGGAGGAUUGAAGUUGACUCUGGACAGCCCUAGAUCCACAUUAUCUACGGUAAGAAGGCUGGCGAUUACCGUUCGAGUCUUCUUGAUCAGCAUUGAACUGAGUGUUGAUGGAUGAGAAACCUACUCCUGAAUGGUUUGGAUGAUGACAAAUCAUAACUCAGACUUUAUGUGAUUUCAUGAUUUUUAUAAUGCCGGCGAGACUUUCUUCAUAAUUCCUCACUUAUCAGGCACCUGGGUGGGUCAUUAUAGAUAAUCUUCCUGGGGGCAAGUGUGGGGAGCCAGUCUUGUUGAAAGAUCUGAACUCUCUUGUUUUUGUGUGUGAAAUGCAGACCAUAAGUUAUACUUGAGAGCAACCAGUAGAAUUUAUGUGAAAUAAAAUGACAUUUUAACCUGACA